AUGCAGCAAGCUUGGGAUUGGACAAGUAGCAUUGAGAGCGUCAAAAAAGGCCAAGCGAAAAUGUUGGGAAAAGGACAAAGUGGUGGAUACCCCCCUGAGAUGAGUGAACCACUGCAGAGCAUCACUGUGCCACCUUUGGAUAGCGCUGAGAAGGCUCUGCAGGUGGGCAUCCAGCUGCCAGGUGGUGUACAGACGGGGCCUCAGCAACAGAACCAGCAGCUCCUUUUAACACCAGCAAGCCUCCAGCUGGCUCAGCUCCAGGCCCAGCUUACCCUCCAUCGCCUUAAACUUGCUCAGGGAGGCAACACAGCCACUGCUGCCAGCGUUCUUAAUCAGUUUCUCUCCAAUGUCAACAUGUCUCAGCCCCUGUUUAAUCAGCUAAGGACUUCAUCUAUGGUUGGGAAUCCCCAGGGUAUCUUCCCCACUGGGGUGAUAGGUUUUCCAUCUUCAAAUUCAGCUAUGGGGGCCUUAGUGGGUGGGGGAUUCAACCAAAACCCAGGAAAUGUGAGACUAAACCACCCGUGUGGAGUGGGCACAAAGGGUCAACAGAGUGGGGAGUAUGGCAAAAAGUCUGGGACAUCGUUCCCCUCCGACACCGACAGGCGUAUUCAGUUCAGCUUUGCUGGAGGGACGUCAGCAGCACCAGUCAGUGCUGGUGAUGGACAAUACUCAGUGGGAAACACUCAUCCUAAAAACAUGACCAAUACUGGUUUUCAGAGAGAUUUCUACGGGCAAGAUAUGUCAGGGCAACCAGCUGGGUUUUGUUCCAGCGAUCAAAAAGCAAAUGUUUAUGACUCCACUGCUCGCAAAGAGGAAUGGAAGGGUCAUACUAGCUUAACUCACACAGGAAAGGUUGAUAUGGUUUCUAAUCCUCCCACUGUGUGGUCGGCAGCUGGGCAGCCCAUUCGGCCACGAACAGAACUGUAUAACCCAGAGGAGCCGACGUCUGAGCCCAAGUUAAAUAGCAGCAGUGGGGUUUCCUCUCUUGGUUCAAGUGGUGUUCAGGGGUUUGGAGGCUACCAGCCCCUACAUGGCAGCGAGGAAUCCUUAUCUUCAGGUACCAGGACACUUCAGCCCUAUCAAGUCAAUGAUUAUUAUGCUGUCACGCCCACUCAGCUGCCACACCAGUGUAGCAUCUGUGACAAAAAGGUCUAUAACCUCAAGGACUGGGACCAGCACGUGAAGGGAAAAUUGCACCUUCAGAAUCGAACUUUAUAUGCAAGUGAUAGCUCAGCGGUGGCAUCAGCUGGAGCAGUUCACUAUGCCAGGCCUUGUGAUGGUGGUCUGAACUCUGGAGGAACAAACCCAUUAGUCUGCUCUGCCGGGAGCCAAGAUGUAUCUUCAGGAGCCAAAGCAUCGUACUUGCCAGCAACAGCCAUGAAGACUUAUCCCAUGUCAGAGGCCGGAUUUGUCUCGCACCAGCAGGAGUCAAAGCCAUUUGCACCCAGAAAAGCCUCUCCAGGCCGUGUUGUACACAUCUGCAACCUGCCUGAAGGCACCUGCACUGAGAAUGAUGUCAUUAACCUGGGAAUACCCUUUGGCAAAGUCACUAAUUACAUCCUGAUGCGAUCAACUCAUCAGGCAUUUCUGGAGAUGGCAUAUGUUGAAGCAGCUCAGGCCAUGGUUCAGUACUACCAACUGACUCCAGCUAUGAUCAACAAUCAGAAACUUCUCAUACGGAUGUCUAAACGGUACAAGGAGCUGCAGCUAAAGAAACCAGGAAAAGAUGUUCAGUCCAUCAUCCAGGAUAUAACCUCACAACGGGAAAGGGAUGAGAUGCAAGAACUUGAACACUACAUCCCAGAGAGGGCACGCUCCCGCAGCCCAAUUAGCCGCUCUCUUAGUCCUCAUUCCCACAGCCCCAGUUUUACAUCAUGCAGCUCUGCCCACAGCCCCCAAGGGGGUCCCUGCAGGGGUCCAGAGAGAAGCAGCAAUGGCCUGGGCCCCCACCGGGGCUCUUGGGAUUGGUCAUCCCACCCAAGAAGAGGUGAGGAAGAAAGGGAGCGUGAUGAUCCUUGGAGAAAUGGAAGCAGCGUAGAUGAUGUUCGGCCCAAUGGACGGGCAGCUGAAGGGCGCCGGAAGAACUACCAGAAACAUUCAGAUCAUCUCAGCUUGCGAUCUGCAGAUGAACGAGGAGGAGGGGAGGCAAUGAGGAGCCACAGAGACCGGCACCCACGAGGCAGCCCUCAAGGCUCAUCCUUCAAUUCCUACAGGAACAUGGAAGAGGAUUUCUUCAUGCAACAAGUGUAUAAGUCAGAGAGGCCGGUCAGACCUUCGCACCAGCGGCACGACACAAAGUCAAAGAGGAGGGACGGCAGCGACUACCACGUUCGGUCGAGACAUUCUGAGUUUGACAUUAAUGAGGAGCCAUCAUCCAGAACACCAGAAGACAAGAGGCAGAGUUCACCAGGCAGGAGCAAAAAACACAGCAGGCGGCACACGGCUGCAGAGAAACACACAAGAGAGAAUAACACUGAACAUACUAAUCGACUGUCAAAAGAAAAAUCUGUUUCCCCUGAACACAGCAUUAAGCCGAAAGAGACUGCAGAAUGUAGUAAAGAUAGAGGCACUGAGAAGGAGUGGGAGAAGGGUGAAGAAACUGAUGAAGAGUGUUGGUACCCUAAGAACAUGGAAGAACUGGUCACCGUAGAUGAAGUAGGAGGAGAAGAUGACUCCAUUAUUGAGCCAGACCUACCUGAGCUAGAGGAGUUUGCAUCCUGCCCUAAAGAGUCUGCAGUGGAAGAAACAGUAGUCGAGCAUGGAUCAGCAGCAUUGUCAUCUUCGGAGGUGCAGGAGACAUCUAGGGAGAAAUCUGAGCAGAGGUCUUGUGGGGAUGAAGGAGGUCAGGCAGCAACAUCUGUAAAUGAAAAAACAGGUGAUAGGGCGACUACAUCGAGUCCCGAAGACCAGAAAACAAACCCGGUGACUUCUGAGUUGCCAGUCACCGACCUCAGUGACUUCCCAAGUGAGGAGUUCAAGACUGCCCUGGAAGAGACGUGCUUAGAAGACACAAAUGCAAUGUGCCACAGCAAGCCACCAGAAGAAGCCAUGGAAAAUCACAUUUGUUUAUCAGAAGAAAGUAAAACUCAAAAAGAAGAGCAGGUCAUGGAAACAAUCAAUACUGUAGUUCAACAGAAGGAUGCCAUUCUGAAAAAAGAGAUUGAGGCUCCCUCGCCAUGUCUGGAGCAGCAAAAAGCUGUCAGUGAACACAGCAUCCCUUUGGGAGUGGAGUUUAUUGUGCCGAGGACGGGUUUCUACUGUAAACUCUGCGGAAUCUUCUACACUAGUGAGGACACUGCAAAGACCACUCAUUGCCGCAGCACCGUUCACUACAGAAACCUCCAGAAAUAUUUGUCCCAGCUGGCAGAAGAAAGUCUGUCAGAUGCACUGGCUGAACCCUCGGCUGCACAGUGACAGCGGAUUAACCUUUUCACCUCCAGCACGGCAAAGAGCCAUGGAAGGAUUUGUGUUUGCAUGUAGUUUGUGUAAAACUACAGCAUAGACAACAUGACACAGGAGCUUAAAUUUGCGGACUGUGUAAAGACAGGGAAUACAAUCAGGUCCUAAAUGUUUCAAUUUUGUACAUAACUGAAGUGAAAUGUAAAGUGAGGCCAGAAUGUUUUAACUAAAUUUUUGUAUGUAUCAUUUUUCUUACAGAUUUACUUUAAGAUAAAUUUAUUUAUUUAAUUUUGGGUGCAUUCGCAAUUAUGACUUUUGGAGUUUGGGCUUAUGUUGGCCCAUUUUUUGGGUUUUAUUUCAAGUGUUAUUCAUAUAGUAUCCCCCACAAAAAAAAAAAAAAAAAUGGUAAUACAGCCACAAAAUCACUUGAAUAUGUUUUAUUAUAAGAAUGUGCCACAAGUUAAGAAAAGUGCAUGCUGAUGGAAAAAACAAAUGGAAAGUAGGAAGCAUGAUAUUUGGUAAUGUUUGCUCACUUUUUUAUGUUAGCUCUAAAAACUGUGCAAAUGUUGUCAAUUUUUGUCAAAAGUUUGUUUGCAUUUUGUCACAGCCCAAGUUCUCAGGAUCAAAGUAUUUUUUCUCAGUUAAAGAAAAGAAAACUGAGGUAGAUUCUCAGGUUUGUUGUUCUUGUUGAAAGGAUUUCAUUGUGUAAAUUAUUACUUAUAAAUUAUUUAUAUCUGUGACUUUCAGGCACCAUCUAUUUUACUCUCAUCCUCUAUGUCACUACACAUAACAGCAUCUGUCAAAUUUAACCAUAAAUCAUUAUUAUUAAUAAUGCUGAAACUAUGCAAAAAUCAUUGUUUUAGUUAGAAUUAAUUCAAAACACAUAUGUUAAAUCAUAUGUACCUUAAAUACCUUAAACACCAAGGCCUUUAACUGGACCACUUGUUAAUCAGGUAAACAUGAAGAGUUUCAUGUUACAGUGACCUGUUACUGAAACCAGACUGUUUUUGUAUACUGUGAAUAUUGAUCCUGUGACAUCAGUAAUAG